GAGCCUUGGGUUUCAUGGAUAUUGAUUUUUUGAUGUUGUUGCAUCAACUAAAGUCUGUGUAUCAUGGGUUUCCAUCUGCGCCCUUGUGUGAUUCGAAUGAAUACAUCAGCAUGGAUACUUCUUCCUUGUAUGAUUCUUCUGCAUUGAGGUGCAUUAUGACUCUUCGUGUUGUCCAUUUUAAUUUUGACUCAACUACCUGGGUAUUCUGGCUUGGAAACUUGUUGUUUUGCAAAUUUUUCUACAUUGAGGCUCCUUGGAUCUUUAUACCGAUACUUGUUAAACUCAAGGAUAGGGGAUUCAGCUGAAUUUGAUAACUUGACAGUCAGAUUCCUUCCAGAUAAAAGUAUGAACGAACACAGAUGCAUCUAUGAGGUACCACUCAGGCUACAAGUGGACUCUAAUUAUUGUUUUCAUUUAGAGUAGUAAACUGGUGGAAUUGAGGUGAUGAAGUAAGUUUAUGAUAAAUGAAGUAAACUGCACAUCUAAACUGCUAGUCUUGCUAUAUGGGCAGCUAGAGAUUGACAUUCAAAUUUCAAGGAGUAAGUGAGUGAGUUGUCUGUUGUCAUUAGUCAUUUUGUCGUUAGAGUUGAAAUUAACUAAGUAUGUCUCAUAUUGAACACAUGAAUCAUGCUUAUUACUUAAUCUUAAUAUACACAUGCAAUUUGCAUUUUGCACCUCAAUAUUUAUGCUCCUAAUGUAUUGUAGUUUGACAGCUUAUCAGAGAACCCGUUUAAAAUUUAGAGAAUGGUGGUCAACAUGGUCUUGAGAUAACCAUCACGAAACAAAAAUUUCUGCUAUUGGUUAUGGAAAAAGGGUCUUCCUUGACAAAAUAGGUGAGUGGUGAACAUUUUCUCAUUUUCUUUUUGCCCCAAAAAGUUCUCUCUCUGGGCAAAAUUGUUUGUCCAUAGACUAUGAUCUAUUGACCUCUCUGUUUGAAAGCUCUUUCAAUUGAAGAGCUACCAUGAAAAUUUGGGAAAGGAAAGGAGGAAUAUAAUGUUUUAAGGAAUUAAUCUGUUACGCACCAAUAUAAUGAUUUGGGUUGAUAAAUGAUGAAACUUGCUAUAGAAUUUCUAAAUCAAAGUUUGCGUAAUAUUAAAUUUUCGCAAUUAAGAGAGCUCUGUCAUAUUGACAGAUUUACUAAUAUACUGAAUUGUCUCUACUGCUUUAUUUAUAACUUAACCUAGUACUAUUCCGCAAGCCAGAAGGAAACAAAGUAAAAAUGGGAAAUCGUACCAUUUUGGUACCUUCGUUGCUCCCCCAUCCCAAGCACGUUUCCUUUCCUUUUCUGCAGGUCCUUAGAAUAAACAACACGAAUAGCAUGACCCUCCCAAUUGCAUUUCUUUGACAUACAAGAAUUGUUUUUUUCUUAAUGAAACAUUUAAUUGUUAAAAUAUAUGUGAACUAAAGAGCAUCCUCCUCCAAUUUUGUCUCUUAAUUCAAAGUGGCAAAAAGAGAGAGCCUCUUUUCUUGUUUCUGUAUGUGUGUGUAUAUAUAUAUAUAUUUCUCACUAUAAAAAACUUGGUUCCAUCAUACAAAACUCUUCAUGCACAAACACACGCACCAACUUCUCUUCUCCUGUUCUUUUUCCCCCCUCUUUCUUUAUGCCUUCGCCUUUUAAACUAACAAACCAAACCUGCUUUCAUUAUAUGCUCACAAUCUUUAUAGAGACAGUUAGCUUACUAGCUUUUUCCUCAUUUUUAUCUUAAGCCCCCUUUUCUUUACAUCUUGUUUUUAGAUAGUUUUUAGCUCAAGUUCUAAUCCAACCAUUUCUUUAACUACAAAACUGAGUUUUAGUAUUGUUUCUUUUUUGUUCCUAAAUCUAUUACCUACAUAAUUCUAUAAUGGGUUCUUUCUUCCUCUAUUCUCCUCCUCCUCCUCCUCCUCAUUCACUUCUUGUUCGAACAAAUAAAGAUGUGAAGAUAUCUUCCGGUGGUCAUCGUUGGCCUAGGAGGAAGAAAGGUUGCACUACUAGUAGUGUUGUGUUCUGUCAAGGCGGAGGAGGAAAGGCAAUCAGGUCUGGUGUUGGUUCAGUUUUUGGUGGGAGAACAUCAGCUUUGGUUACUCCUACUACUGCUACUGAUCAGGAACAACAAAUCUCACCAGCAACUGUUAUGGAUGCUAGCAGCUUGGUUUUGGCUGUGAAUGGACAACCAGAGAUUGUCGUGAAAGAUUUAGUGCCUUAUAGUGGACCAACAAGUUCUAGUCUUGUGGAAACUCAUGAUGGUAUUGGGAUUGUGAGGUUUCUGAGAGGGAAAGGAUUCUUCAUUACUGGCGCAACCGGGUUUCUGGCCAAAGUCCUGAUUGAAAAGAUAAUUAGGACAAUGCCCGAUGUGGGGAAGAUAUAUUUGUUGAUUAAAGCCAAAGACAAGGAUGCAGCAAUGGCGAGAUUGAAAACUGAAAUACUAAAUGCAGAACUGUUCAAGACUCUCCGACAAACCUAUGGAAAAUCAUUUCAGACUUUCAUGUUGAGCAAACUAGUCCCAGUCGUUGGUGAUGUCUGCAAAUCUAAUCUCGGUUUGGAACAAGAAUUAGCAGAUUUGAUUGCUGAUGAUGUCGAUGUUAUUGUGAAUUCAGCAGCAAAUACCACUUUUGAUGAAAGAUAUGAUGUGGCAAUUGACAUCAACACAAGGGGACCUUCCAACCUCAUGAGUUUCGCCAAGAAGUGCCAAAAACUCAAGCUCUUCUUGCAGGUAUCAACAGCAUAUGUUAAUGGACAAAGACAAGGAAAAAUCAUGGAGAGAGCAUUCGGCAUGGGGGAUUGCAUAGCUAGGGAGAACAACAAUAGUCUUGUCUGUGAAGCUGCAUCACGAUUCACAUUGGACAUUCAAGAUGAAGUUAAGAUGGUCAUGAACUCCAAGGAAGCAUUUCACCCAAAUGAAGUUGCGAUCAAGAUGAGAGAACUUGGAUUGGAAAGGGCAAGGAAAUUAGGUUGGCAAGAUACUUAUGUGUUCACAAAGGCCAUGGGAGAAAUGGUGAUUGACAAUAUGAGAGGCGAGAUUCCAGUCGUCAUUCUCAGGCCAAGUGUAAUUGAGAGCACCUAUAAGGAGCCAUUCCCUGGUUGGAUGGAAGGCAACAGGAUGAUGGAUCCAAUAGUUUUGUACUAUGGGAAAGGGCAGCUCACAGGAUUCCUAGUAGACCCAAAUGGAGUUCUUGACGUGGUGCCAGCAGAUAUGGUGGUGAAUGCAACAUUGGCAGCAAUAGCCAGGCAUGGAAUGGAGCAGAAACCAGAGAUAAAUGUCUACCAAAUCGCCUCAUCAGUAGUGAACCCACUUAUCUUCAAGGACCUGGCCAAACUACUCUACGAACACUACAACUCGUCUCCCUAUGUGGACUCUAACGGCAGGCCAAUCACCGUUCCAUUGAUGAAACUCUUCAGCUCCAUGGACGACUUCUCCGAACACCUAUGGAGGGACGUCAUUCAGCGAAAUGGGCUGACCGCAAUCACCUCAUCGGAUGGGAAGUUGUCCCAAAGGCACGAAUUCAUCUGCAGAAAGUCUGUGGAGCAAGCCAAGUACCUGGCCGACAUCUACGAGCCAUACACGUUCUAUGGUGGAAGAUUCGAUAACAGCAAUGGGGAGAGACUAAUGGAGCUGAUGUCUGAGAGUGAGAAGAGACGAUUCGGGUUUGAUGUCGGGAGCAUAGAUUGGAGAGACUACAUUACUAAUGUUCAUGUACCUGGGUUAAGGAGACAUGUCAUGAAGGGAAGAGGAACCAACAACAACUAAUAGCCAACAAGAGAAAGUAGAGGAAAUUAUAUGAUAAAUGUGUAGUAAUAAAGAUAUAAAAAAACAAGCCCUCUGCUUUAUUUUCUUUCUGUUCUUCCUGGUUUGUGUGUGUGUGUGUUUUUAUUUGAUCAGGAGAAAGGAAGAAAGAUGGAGAUUAUAUUUGUAAAUGGAGGGCACGAAAAGUUGUGACCCUUCAUCGUCCAUAUUAUUGUAUGCUGUACGUACCAAUUGAAGUUGAGUUUCUAUGGUCAACUGAAGCCUACUCUAUUUUUGUUAAUCGCUAAUUACCUCUCUCUAAACCAUUACUCCUCUAAUUUUAAAUUAAUGGACAUGAUGAGGUCGGAGUUAAUUUUGGAAACAAAAAAAAAGUGUUACAUGAGAUUAUAACUCUUUCUUAUGUGACUCUAUGAUAUGUUGUAAGACAUUGAAAAAUUUAACCAUGUAGAGAAAUUCUAAUUAGAUCGUAUUCAUUCUAGGUCCCUAAUCAAUCCUAUUACUCAAAACCAAAAGCUGCAACCUAGGUUAUACGGAAAUCCUAAAAUUGACACGUACAAGGAAAACAAAAUUGAAACAAAGGAAAAAAAUCCAAUAAAAAUAGGCAAACGAUAAAGGUGACAAUUCAGAUUGUGUUUGCACCUAGGUAUAAUACACUUAUAUGCCAUAUGAAUUGCUCAAUUAUGCGAUGCAAUUUCAACCUGUCGUUUGUCUAACGAUGGUUAGGUCUAACAUGCUACAAUGGCCUACAAAUUUCUCUCUUCAAUAGCCGGUGUAGCUCAAUUGAUUGGUGUUUGAUGGUGAUGAGAUGGCUAUUUCCAGUCUUAAUCAUAAAAUAUAUUGGAAGCUAUUAAAAUGUGACAAGAUAGCUUCGAUUACAUGAACAAUCGCAUUGAUAUGAAAACAAUCGCAUAACAUCAAUCAUUCCAAAGAGCAUAAACCAAUCCAUAAAACAAAUCCAACUAUCAUCCAUAGGGUUGUGCAUAUCUAAAUAGCCUAAAAGUUUAUCCAUCAAUGCAAACAAAAUAAUAAGAAAAUACAAGAGGAGAAGGCAUCACCAUGGUAACUCCUUGAUUCUUGAUAUUAUACUCCAUCUUGAUCUUUGAAUCCGACUCAAUGAUGCUGACAACCCUCAUUUUGCCUAUUGUAGCUUGUGUUUAGGGUUUCUGGAUGAAAAGUGGUUGCCUCCCCUUAAAAAACCUAAUUGGCAGCUUAAAUAGAGUUGUUGGCGGUGCCCGGAAAUGAUCAUUUGCACGACCGUGCUCCAAGAUUUGUUCAGCUCGUCAAUGAUUUAUUUCCUUGAAAAUUAACAUGGUCUUCUCUCCCCAUUCCAAACUUUGAAUCACCCCCCGUUUUGUCCAUGCGCUAAUCUCAUCUUAUUUCCGGCCAUGAUGAGCUUCCAUGAUGCAUUGGCCUGAAAAUAUUCAAUAAAUACAAAAAACGCAUCACAUGUGUAAAACAACCUUAGAGGCUAUCAAAUGCACAUUUGAGCGAAUAUCAGCAGAUCCAAGUAAAUGACCAAAGAUAUGAAUAAAUAAUGCAAAACAUGCCAUAAAAUGAGGUGAUAAAACAUUUAUUUUACGUGUUAUCAAAUUAACCCACACUUGAACUUUGCUAAUUCCCAAAACAAACCAUACUUAAAAUGGUACAUCUCACUAGACCUCUUUGAUGACACAUGACUUUCUAUCGUAGGUAGUAGAUAAAAAGCAGCUUACAAGGUCAACCCUCGCAUUUAGAGAACCGAACCACAUCAAUGAGGUACAUAUCUCAUAAAGACAAUCUGACCAAUCUCCUUAUAUCAUAAGCUCUUAACAUUUGGGAUGAAACUUUAUGUAGUUUUAUUUAUACAUUUAUGCACAUCUCUACCUUAAUUGAAAAGUAGAGUUUUAUGUUCUCUCUUUUAUACGUAGAAGGCCAAUUUUUGUAUUUUUGUAGAACAAGUGAGUUUACUUUGUUGUUUUUAUCAAGUAAGAGCAAUUUCUUCACCUUAGCACUUACAUAAGAGAUUUGUUUAACUCUCUUUCCUCGAUCCGUGUGGAAAGGCAAUACAAACGAGGGCUGUCGGAAGCUUUAUUCGUGCACACUAAUCACAAUUCUCAAAUGUCACUUCACUAUGAGAGGGAUUGUACUAGAUAAGCAACAUCGUACAAUCGUGAAGCGAUGGUAUGUUGAAUCAUUCUUAUUCCCUCUGUGCAAUGAGUGAUUGCUUCACAUGUGGCUUUACCUCAGCUUUAUUUGUAAUGACAACGUCUAUUAUAUUGCUUUGUUAGGUAGGAUUUUUGAAUCUAUAAAGAUACAAUUCGAGCCCUUUUAGCUUUUAAGAGUAAGAGACUCGUUGGAAGUGUUUAAGAAUUCACAAAAGAUAGUGAGAGGUAUUGUAUCUAGACAUAUCCAGUGUUCUUUAGUAUCAUGACGAGGACAUCUUUCAUAGCCACUACUAGUCUCUUUAGAUCACGUAUCAAUAUGGAGACUAGUAAUUCAAAGUAAGUUGAGCAUGAACAUGCACGGGAGAGUGUCGAGUGUAGUAAAAAUUUUCAAGCUUUUAGCACACAUCCAAAAUACCUAAAGUUCGUAAAUUUAUCAACAUAGUUAAGAUAUAAUAGCAUAAGAAUUCGUACUACCAAACCCCAACCCAUUCGUUAAAUUGGAAAGAUUCGUCAUUGGAUCAAACAAAGGAGUAAGGAAGGUAGACGGAGUUACCUCGAAUGUUGAUAAAUUUGAGAAAGAGUGUGAGUCAACAAAUAACUUUGUCGCAGAAAACAAAACAAAGAAACUAGAAAAAUCACAAAAGAAAAUGAUAAAUCAUAGAAAUCCGGACUCUCUCCCAAGAUCACUUUUAUAUUUUUGUUUAUAAGGUUAGACGUCAAACAUGGGAUGUCUCCCAUGGAGAGCUCUUUUAUACACCUUUGAUCUAGGCGCAAAUUGCAAACUCAAGAGCCUACCCAACUAAGUGCUUCUUUCAAAUCCAACGAUGACGGAGACAAGCACGAUAGUAGGUCCUACAUCCCUAUACCAUUCGCACGGUCUUAGGGCCACCAGAAUUUCCAUCUUGCAUACCUUGCCCCUUAUUCAUGGUAGUACUUGUGAGUUCCAUAGAGGUGGUGGCUCAAAUUAGAACUCGUAUUUCCCCAUCCAUUGAGUAGGUAAGAUGCUAAAGGCACUUGCUUAUCUAGAUAUGUGGCAAAUGGGUCCAUUGCAAGGAUCUGAGAAAGAUCUGGUGCGUCCCAAGCCUUGCAUUCCAUCUUCUGGUCUAUCAUAUGAGGAUCAAUAUCCUAGUUACACUACUAAUAAUGUCUUCUCCUACUUCCUUUAACCUAAAGUGUAAGCCAUUAGGAGGCUUCAUUAGGCGUCAAGGAAUAUGUGUAAGAGAUUCAUAAGGAUUCACCUCAAAUGAAAGGGAUCAUAGGCA